GUUUCUGCUGCGCGGGCGGUGGUGGUUGGUUUCAGCAUCCAAUAAAGAGGAGGAGGAGGCGGGAAAGGAAGCGAGAGCAGGAACUCCCUGCGCUUUGAUGUCCUGCAUGGAAGCGGUUGUGGGUGUAGCUGCUUCUCCUCCUCACUAAUAGGGUCUGUUCUCAAGAGCAGUUGCACAAAAUGCUGCCAGAUGCUGGGACAUAUCACUUUCCUUGGGAAAUAAACUCUGCAUUGAUCCCAGAAGGGAAGACCCUGAGAACCUUUGGCAGGUUACACUCCUAUGAUGUGGUCAGCUCCCAAGCCAUCUUAACAGCUCAGCACACUUCAGUUCAGCACUGUAUCCAAGUUUGUACCAAGUUUGUGGAACCAUUCCAAGCCCAACUUGGGGCUCUGUAUAUUGUACUGGGGGAAACCGAACAUAAAGAGGGUAAUGAAAUGGUGAUAAAGGCCCGUGUGUUUACAUGUGUGGAAGGAAUAAACCUUCAGUUGCUGGAGAAGGCCAUAACGGAACAGAGAAAAUAUUUCCAGGAGAGAGAGAAGCAGCUGGAAGGAAAUGCCUCCUAGUCCUCUCUGCAUUAGGAGAGGACUUAUUACUGAACAUAAUUAGUGCUAUACUGAAUAGGGUCAUCUUAUCAUUUUCCUUCACUCCAGUACCAGUUUGUAAUGCUGUCUUAAAAUUGUACUGCCUGCUAUUGCCUUAAGAUGACCCCCCCCCCCGGUGUUCUAGAACUGCUUCACAUAUUACACUAGGAUAUGCAGAAGUUGCCACAGUGUUUUGAAAGCCAUUUAAACAAUGCAAAAUGCAAAGGGUUAAAGCAGUUUAUUACGACCGUAUUUUGAAAUAAUGAAAGCAGCCAUUAAGUUUACAGUAGCUGCAU